UGAUUGCACGGUUUACCCCGGUUUGAAUGCAGUCAUUCCAAUGAAUUAGCCAUCCCCUUUCCCACAAUUGACUAAUUUUACACACGAAGAGUCUCAGUUAUUAGGUGAUGAAACUACCGAUCUAGGUCAGGUGGUUCAAGGUAUAUAAUGCACAGCUGUAGUCACAAUUUAGUCCAUGAUAACGCUGGAUAAAAACUUCUACUCCCGCUAUAGUUCAAGGUGUGCAUUCAAGUUGACGAUGCAACUAUGGGUCUGGAUUGAUUGGUACAGCGGUGACGCAGUCCACAGAUGCAACCUCAGUGUCUCCUGACACUAUGCAGUCACGUGUAUGCUAGACAUACACGUGCAGCACGGAUCUUAUGCAACACGUUCCGGAACUCGACACAAGCUGCUUCGAAACAUUUGAAAGAGGACGCUAAGGGAAGCAACAUGGACACUACAAUAAUGGCACACAGUGACCCGUCAACGUAUAUAUUUGAACUAGGCGGACCUCUACUUCUGACCGCUCCUCACGGGAUUGCCUUGUGGAGAGGUGGAUGGGUCGGUUUUAAGAAAGAGAAACAUCUAGAUGAAGUCUUGGUAUCGGAAAUCGUUCUGAAGCUGGCAAAGCGUAUGUCGACGGUGUUCGGCGUCCCGGCCAGCUUUAUGGUCUGGAAUGUUCCACGUACAAGACCAUACGAUGAAAGGAACUUAGAUCCAAACUUCUUACCCAAAGAACUAUUUGGUUUAUCCCCGUGGCAUCAAGCUUUGGAGUCAUUUCGGUCUUACGGAUGUGACGUCAAACUACCAAUCCUCCAUGUUGAUAUUCACGGAAAACGGGACCGAAAAAGCGACUUGGCCUUAGAUGUGGGUAUGGGCGGUAUGAAAGCGUACUGGAAGGAUAAGGAAAUGGUAACCAAAUUAAGAAAAGGUUUUGAAGAAAGUUUCACAAAUAUGCUUGGACCCGUAGGAAUUGUGAAAAACGGCAUGCCCUUUACGGUAGACAUGGACCCAGAGAUGUCCGGAUUUAGGCUAGACCGAUCUGUGUUCACUCUGUCAACCCAGUCUGCCAUGUUGGGCAUACCAUCAGUGCAAUUAGAGAUUCCCAAGACCAUGAGACAAAAACUUAAUGAGGACGACGAUUUUCUGUUGAAAUUUGCUGAUUGUAUCAUGCAUGUAUUUGAGCAAGGGAUUUGUCAAGGGGCACUGCCUUCUCGUGAUUGGUACAGUAGUCACUGUCGGACACCUGCCACUGAUAUAGACAGGGUACUGAUGGAGCUGAAGCAACAUCAACAAUAAAAACGUCAACUGCGGGUUUGAAUUUUAUCAUUAAUAUUUCCAAUACAGGGUUAAAGCUUUCGGACUACCAGAUUUUAUUCGGGUCUGAUUGAAGUACAUUUGUCACUUAAGGGCAGACCAUUUCAUAUUCUGUUAACCGGUUCUGUAAAAUGUUUGGCUUAUGCGAAAAUAAGUAAGCAAAUAUUUAAGCCAAAUGCAGCAAUAUAUGACUAACACGAAAGGCCGGACAACUUCGAAUGAUAUAUAGUUCAAAAUCUAUCUAUAUAUAUCAAUUAGGUUUUAUUAUAUUUAUUUUAUUUAUGCAUGCUGAGAUUCUGUAACGAUGGGGUUCUUUUAACGUCAUAGAGGUGAUUUAUAUGUGUAUUUGUUUAUUUCUAUCAGGCAUUCAUUUGUUGACAUGAGUGUUAUUUCAUUGCAUUCAUUUGCGCCUUGAUUAACCUCAUCUAGAUUUGACACGAAAACUAAUUACUGAUUUUUAUCAACGAUCUUUUAUACAUAUCAAUACCAUUUUGAUCAGUUGAAUAUUGAAUUGUACAUUUGCAUAAUGUGUGAGGAUGGAAGUAACCGUUUGUGUUGUUUCGUCUUAGUCCUUAUUUCACCGUCUACACGUUAAAUUGGCAUUAAUUGAACAUGUCCGUGGAAGCAGACAUUCUCAGGUGAUAUUUUUGUGUAUGUAAAUAUUUCACUCAAAGAGUUAUGUUUCAUACGGGGACGGUCGCACUGUGCACGGUGUGUGGUUUCGAAUUCAGAUUCAUUCCAAACUUACGAUUAGUCUAGCAGUGCCUUUUCAAAGUGAAGUGAAGUAUUUUUAUAUUUAUAUCAAGAAAGCUAUCCGUUUCCCUAGUGUAUUUCGAAUAAUAAAAGAAUUGUGAUUGUUGUUAAAA